CUGAUGAGCAGACUGUUAUUUAGCACUCCACAAAGGAAUUAUUCAUGGGGGAGCCUCUAUGUUUACCUAUUAUAACUUGCCCACUUGGAUGGCUUUAUUUCAAAAAUGGGGUUACUAAAAUCCGCUGUAGCCUAUCCUGGAGCAGGUAUUGAGGAGCACAUAAGAAGUUUGCAGGCAUGAUAAAAUGAGUCAUCUUCCACAAAGAAUCUCUGAGCUGCCUGUCUGCCUGAGGGAGGAAGGCAUUAGCUUUCUCAGGCAAGCUGCAGCCUGCAGUGAGAGGCAGUGUGAGCCAGCGCUCAUCGUCUGUGUGCUCACAACCAGUCCCUGAGGAGGCUGUUCUUCGCAAACAGCAAGGGACUUUCUCUCGUGGACCUGAAAAUGUUUCGCAAGAAAAAGAAGAAGAGGCCCGAAAUCUCAGCACCGCUGAACUUUCAACACCGGGUUCACACCUCCUUCGACCCCAAACAGGGGAAGUUCAUCGGCCUCCCCCAGCAAUGGCAGAGUCUCAUCGAGACCCUCAGAAGGCCCAAGCCCAUGGUAGAUCCCUCCAGAAUCACUAAUGUGGAUCUGAAACCAAAGAAGACCAUUGUACGUGGAAGCUUUAUCGGCCAUGGUGACUACAUCUCAGCAGCCCUCUCAGACUUGAGCAGGCUCUCCGUGACGAGUUCCAAUUCCUUGCGAAAAUCCAGCCCAUCCUCACGAAAGAGGGCUCAGUCUUUGGGUCGGCUGGGAGAAGUCAAAGAAAUCACAAGCUACCAGUAUGAAGACUUGAGCCAGAAUGGGAAAAGUGAGGGCCAGCGCUGGAAGGACAGAGUCCGGAAUGUCAGGAGUGAAAGUGGGAGUCCGCACGUGGGCUUGAGGAAGAGCGCUACUCUCCAAGCCAAUGGCAUGCUGCCAAGGGCCAAGUCCACUCAUGAAGUAUCUCUGACGUCUCCGGACAGCCAAACACCAUCAAGCUGUAGCCUUCAGCAAGGCAGUGAACUGGGCAGCUCAACAGAAAAACUGAAUUUCAACCAUCAGCCCAACGUGAUGAAAAGAGAAAAGCCACCCGGGAGGAUUCCUCUUGAGCUGAGGCCUGUCUCCUGCUUCUAUACAUCGGGAAAUCACUUAACAGAUGGACAGCAGCAGGCCGAGUCGGGCUCCAACACCCCUGAGCUCAGGCUCUUGCAGAGGCCUCUCAACAGCCCUGGGCGGCCAUUUUCUUCGUAUGACUUACAGGCAGACUCAGUCUUGAGACAUCAGCAUGGUUUCCUGCCCAAUGGCACCAGCAGUCCUCUGAUAACAGGCACAAGAACUCAUAAACCAUUGCGGCCUUCGUCCAGUUACACGAUCGGACUACUGCCUAGACAGAACGGCACAAAUGCAUUUCUGAAAACAGCCACCAGCCCCCCGCCAGCUCUGCAACGACAGGACAGUCCCUCUCAGCCCAGGCCUUCUCCAACUGGAUCUCCUGCUACCAAUCUACCCAUCACCUGCUCCCCUUCUCUUAAGCCCCCUCCAUAUGCUUCUCCUAAGCCUGUCCAGGACCCGCCCAAAGUAACCCAUGAGCAGUUCAAGGCUGCUCUCCAGAUGGUUGUGGACAAGGGAGACCCUCGGACUUACUUGGAGAACUUUGUGAAGAUAGGGGAGGGCUCAACUGGGGUUGUGUGCAUAGCCAGAGAGAAACACAGUGGACGUCAAGUAGCUGUGAAGAUGAUGGACCUCAGGAAGCAGCAACGCAGAGAGCUGUUGUUCAAUGAGGUUGUCAUAAUGAGAGAUUACCAACACAGAAAUGUGGUAGAGAUGUAUAAAAGUGCCCUGGUAGAGGAGGAGCUCUGGGUUAUAAUGGAGUACCUGCAGGGUGGUGCUCUGACUAACAUUGUAUCUGAAACCAGGUUAAAUGAGGAGCAAAUAGCGACGGUGUGUGAGGCAGUCCUACAGGCUCUGGCCUACUUACAUUCACAGGGGGUGAUUCACAGAGACAUUAAGAGUGACUCCAUUCUCCUCACUGUUGAUGGACGGGUGAAGCUGUCAGACUUUGGAUUCUGCGCGCAGAUUAGUAAGGAUAUCCCUAAGAGAAAAUCUCUGGUGGGAACACCAUACUGGAUGGCUCCUGAAGUAAUUUCCAAAACACCUUACGGCACAGAGGUGGAUAUCUGGUCCCUGGGAAUCAUGGUGGUGGAGAUGAUAGAUGGCGAGCCCCCCUACUUCAGUGAAGCACCAGUGCAGGCCAUGAAAAGACUUAGAGACGAACCAGCUCCAACAGUGAGAAACACCCAUAAGAUCUCACCAGUUCUCAAGGAUUUUCUUGACCGCAUGUUGACCCGGGAUCCUUUGGAAAGAGCCAGUGCCACUGAUCUUCUAGAACAUCCCUUCCUCCUGCAGUCUGGAACCCCCCAGUGUCUGGUGCCCUUGGUGGACCAGUACCGCAAGCGUAUGUCCAGGUGUUGACAUGGGAGUACUCCUUCCUGUUCUCUUCUAUUGGUUACUGCUGCUAUCUUGGUGAGCAGGCAGCAUCUCUGAAGCUGGUCGGCCACAGCAGAUAUGAUGUCAGGGAAUGUCAUGGGCUUUGGCUCAGAAUCACUGCAAUAUGUGGCACUGCCUGAUUCACCCUCACCUGGGCCUCAUGGUAGACAAAGACAACGUUUCUCUCGUGGCCUGGAAACACCUCCAGAGCUGUUUACUGAAAUGUUAACACUUGCAGAAGAGCUGCAAUGACCUCACGUAGAGAAAGCAGCACUGGUGUAAUCUGCUAUACUGAGAAUUGUUCAGUUAGCAUCUUUGUGAAUUCAGUGCAGGUGCUGAAUUCAGCAAUAAAUGUCUCUUUGCACUGACUUUUACUAAGUCAUUUUACUCAGCCUGGACUUUGGUAGAGAAAUCUCAAAAUAACACAAACAUUUUUGACCUAGGCUUCUCAGACAGAAGUUAUUGCAUCAUGAAAUCAUUGGUUUUAGUUCCAGUCAGAGGGAGUCUGGUCUUGACUUGGGACUCCCCAGACACAUUUAUCCACAGUAUUCCACAUUAACAAAUAAUUGACAGGGAUGUUUCAGCUGGACAGACCACAGCAAUGAUAAUCAGGCAACUGGUGUGGCCAUAUGGACACUAUUAGAUUUGUCCACCACCUCCUAGCUUUUGAAUGAAAUCAUGUGGAUUUAUAGGUUUAUAUGCAAAUAAAAGCAAGAGAACUGUAUUAUAAGGGCACAACAACAAUGUGCUACAGGGAAGUUAAUUGUUAAACUGCAUUUUAAAUAGUUGUUUAACAUUUAAACAAUGACAAAUGUAUUAUUUUUUCCAUAAAUGUAACCAAUAUUUACUAUAUCAUUAUUUUUGCUUUUGUAUUUAUUGCAUUUUUUGUAUAAAUUGCACAUGCUUUUCUUUAAAGUAUUGUUGAAUAUUGUUAAGAUGAGAUGUUGUAAAAAAUACUUUUAUCCUUAGAGGUUUAUGGUUGUACAGUUUACCUCAGUUGUAAUCAGGGGAAGGUAAUGUAUUGUAAAUACAGAAAAAAUAUAUCUCUUGCAUUGGGCAACUUUAUUGCUUAAAUGGUUUACAUAAUAUUGCAUCCUUAGGCUUUUAUACAGUAUAUUUGCUUUAAUGUUGAAAGUUUACCAUUUUGAAUACGUAAGUGUAUUUAGCUUAGACUUUAUCCUCAUAUUUGUUGCAAUUUCUGUUUUUCUGAUCUUACAAUGAAUGAAUUAAAAAUGAAAAAAAGAUAAUAAAAAUUGGAGGUUUUGUGUUUGCAUUGUUGUAAAUGUUAGCCUUCCCAUUUAAAAACACACAGACUUUACAGACACAUAAGGAAAUUAGUUUUGUGCAGUUUUAAUGGCACAUGUAACUAUACAGUAAGACUUCUAUUUGUUUUUUUCUUUAUAUUUCAUUUGCAUUGUUCUCUCUCACACACGUGAAAGAUAUAUUCCAGGAAUGUUUUAGACUCCACAGUACUGAUGGAAAUACAGUACUGUAUAUCACUGUAAAACAUAUUUUAGGAACAGAGUCCAGAGUUCUUCAGUCCAGAGUUUUUUUAGACAUCACAGUACAGUUAUCAGAGCCUUCUUCCACCAGAGGAGAUACUGCUAAUCUUGUACCACACCACACCAAGAUGUCCCUGCAUUCCUUUAAGAGAUAAAGUCACAGAAAACUGUUGAAAAUAUGGAAGCUUUUUAA